CUCAUCACAUUCUUUCACUAACACCUUCUCCUUUUUCUUUCUUCUACCUUCUCUUCGCUUCUCACAUCAGAGACUCUCAAUGACAAAUGUGGUGGAAGUCAAGGUUGGUUUACACUGUGACGACUGUAUCAAGAAAAUUCUUAAGGCCAUCAAGAAGAUUGAAGAUAUUGAGACGUAUAACGUGGAGAAGCAGUUGAACAAGGUGAUUGUUACAGGAAAUGUUACAACGGAAGAAGUUAUUAGGGUUCUUCAUAAGAUUGGCAAGAAUGCAACCCCAUGGGAAGAAGCUCAACCCCAACCCAAUUGCUGAAUUCAACUUUUCUUUUCCUCAAACAAAAAUAUAUAAAUUAUGGACAUAAAUUAUAGAGCAUUAUGUCAAAUUCUAUCAUAUGUCUGAAGUUUGAAGAGGUAUAAUUAUUUUCCAUUUCAAUUUUGUAAUUCAUGACCUUUAUCUCAGAACGAAAGCAUCUUAUAGAGAGACAUCAAAUGAAACAAUUGAUCAAUAAAAAUAACUAUUCUAUUUA